UUUAGAGCAGAUUUACAUGAGCUAUUCAGUCUACAGUCGGAGCCUAAAGGAACUUGUCACUCAGGAUUGGCUUUACUGGCAAAUUCUUCGCCACCUACCUUAUUUUCUUCUGUACAGCUUCCAACAGGAGACUGCAAGUGUGACACUAAUAUGAGGAAACCUUUACAUGCCCCAGACCCUGGAGAACAUCAGGAGCCAGUCGGUUGUUGUGUUUAGAGGACUAUGCUCUCCUCGACACCGUAAGGCAAGCGCUCGUGCUAAACCAGCCAGAUCAGCCUCACAGCCAGCCUGAGCCUCAGCCUCCACCUAUGCAACAGCGAUGGAAUUGAUGCUCCCAGGUGCUGACAUGGGGCCCCAGAAGGACUCCUUCCCCCUGAGCAGAAGGCAUCACUACCUCCACGUCCGGAGAAAAUUGAGGCCCAUAAGGAUUCUAGCUUUCGUCCUCAGCAUUGUGACUCUCAGCACAGUCUUCUCAUUGGGUGCCUUCCAGUGGACUACUUCUUCUACUGGGCUCGCUGGAAAUGGAGGUGAUCUACUUUCCUCCUCCCCCGCUGCUAUGUCCGGGGGAGACCUACUGCAGUCGGCCCCCCGCAGAACACUGCUCACCACCAAGCACCAGGGAGGCCACAACGUCUCUAUGAUGGAGGACAUGCCCGUGGCCAUGAAGUCUUCCAUGGAUGAGAUGAACCAGGGGGACUACCCCACGGAUCUCUUCAACCUGGAGGAGAGAAGGCAGGGGGCUGUAGGUCUGCACAUGUUUGGGAUGUUGUACAUGUUCAUCGCCUUAGCCAUUGUGUGCGACGAGUUCUUUGUCCCGGCCCUAACUGUGAUCACAGAGAAACUUCAAAUCUCGGACGACGUUGCCGGGGCAACCUUCAUGGCGGCCGGGGGUUCUGCCCCGGAGCUUUUCACUUCCGUCAUCGGGGUGUUCAUCUCCCACAGCAACGUGGGCAUAGGAACCAUUGUGGGUUCGGCCGUGUUCAACAUCCUGUUUGUCAUCGGGAUGUGCGCAUUGUUCUCCAAGGAGGUUCUCCAGCUGACCUGGUGGCCCCUCUUUAGAGACGUCUCCUUCUACAUCAUUGGUCUGUUGAUGCUCAUCCUGUUUUUUUUGGAUAACCAGAUCUUUCUGUGGGAAAGUAUCGCCUUGCUGAUGUGCUACUUGAGUUAUGUGACAUUUAUGAAGUUCAACGCAAAUGUAGAGACCUUCAUAAAGAGUAAAUUGGGCCAGAAUCAAGUGGAUGAGGUGGAGGCCGCUCCUAAGUUGGAGUCUGAUUCAUUGCUCUCAGAUGUUAUAUACUCAGAGUCACACUCUUACGGAGCCCAGGCAACCACGGGUGACGACGAAAACAAGUUGACGGCCAAGCCCCGUCUCCAGAGAGGAGGCUCAUCAGCCUCCCUCCACAACACCCUGAUGAGGAAUAGCAUUUUCCAGCUCAUGAUCCACACCCUGGACCCUCUCAGUGAGGGUGAGGGACUGGGGGGGCGAUUCAAAGAGAAGGCCUCCAUUCUCCACAAGAUGGCCAAACAGAAAUGUCAAGAUGGCGGGGAUGGGGAAAAACCCAACGGUGUCGCAGCAGACAAAAACAUCCCGAACAGUUCCAACGUCACAGUGGAAGUCACUUCGCCUGCAAACGGCGACGUAGGACCGGCGGAGGAGGAGGAAGAUGAGGAUGCUCCUCUGAGUUUGGAGUGGCCGGAGACGAACCGCAAACGAAUAACGUAUCUCCUUAUCCUCCCCAUCGUCUUCCCCCUGUGGCUCUCUCUGCCGGAUGUCAGGAGAGAGACUUCCACAAAAUUCUUCCCCAUAACUUUCAUUGGUUCCAUCUGUUGGAUUGCUGCCUUCUCCUACCUCAUGGUGUGGUGGGCUCAUCAGGUUGGAGAGACCUUCUGGAUUACAGAGGAGAUCAUGGGAUUGACCAUAUUAGCAGCUGGUACAUCAAUCCCUGAUCUAAUCACCAGUGUCAUUGUAGCCCGGAAAGGCCUUGGUGACAUGGCUGUGUCCAGCUCUGUGGGCUCCAACAUAUUUGACAUUACCGUGGGCCUGCCGUUCCCUUGGCUCAUCUACGGCCUGGUCAAUGACUUCAAGGCGGUGCAGGUGAGCAGCAACGGCCUGUUCUGCGCCAUCGUGCUCCUCUUCCUCAUGUUGCUCUUCGUCAUCAUCUCCAUCGCCUCCUGCAAGUGGAAGAUGAGCAAGGUGCUGGGAGGCCUCAUGUUUUUACUCUACAUCUUCUUCCUGGUAACCAGCGUCAUGCUGGAAGACAAGAUCAUCAUGUGUCCCAUCUCCAUCUGAAGGCCCCUCUUCAACCCCAACCUCCUGGAAACACAAACACACCUUCUCUCUCAAACACACACAUACAGUACACACAAUCAUUUGAUCCUCCCGUUGUCAAUGGGGGCUUCCAUUGGGAGGAGCAGUAGAAAACUAGAUUGACUUGAUUGAUUGAUUCCAAAUGCCCGAGCACAACCUGCAAAUGAUAAUUUGUGAACUUUGAGCAGGGCAGACGGACCUGUCGAUGAGGGAUUGAUUCACGAUGCUACUGCCCAAUGGGAUGGGUUUCUCUCCACGUCACAUGACCACAUCCGAGAGCUUCCAUUGGUUUAAAUCUGUCGUUGACUGACAAACAGGCAAUUGUAAUCACGCCCAUGUCGGAGAGUAGGGGACCACGUCUGGUUACUCCAAUCCAGAGGACUAUGUGAUAUGAUUAGAGAAUAGAUUUGAAUAUGUCAGGUAUCAUCUGUCCAUCCAUUAAAAACUUUGAUGGCUGUAUGAAGUGGAGCUCUGGAAAAGGUCCUGCAGGUCCUAACCAGAAAGUGGAACCUGGCAGAGAAAUGGAAGAGAGGUUCAACAGAUGCAAGAAAUAUCGAGGCAUGAGGAACAUGGUUGGAUCCACCAACAGGUAGAUUAAAGAGCAGCACCUCAGCUUUCACAGAGUUUACCGAACUCCAGUAAAUCGCGAUCAAUUUGCACAGGUCCUUGCUAUAAGAGUGUCUGAGGAUUGCGUGGAUCAAGCGGAAGUGUUUUUCUUGAUUUUUGUAAAUUAGUUUUCAGUUGUAUUUAUAUUACAAUUGCUUAAUUUGCAAAACCCAAAAGGUUUUUGUUCUCAAAUCAAAAUCUGGAAUUUGUACAGUUCUGAUUGGGCUUAUAACUGUUACAUGUUUGUAUGGACUUGCAAAGUUUGGAAAGGUAAAAGUGUAAAUGAAGAGAAAAUGGUAGUAAUAUGACGAGGGUGGUUUUGUUUGGGACAAUUUUGUGAAGUAAAUAUAAUGUAGUAUUUCUAAUGUAUCUUCUGUUUCUUAAACCCAACCCAUAUUUUCAAACUUGUUUGACAUAUAAUAUUAAGGUGAAUCCAGUUGAGCAAAUCUAUUGUACCUAAUGCUACAACAAUUUUAUGGUUGAAAAUGUAACAAUACCAUUUUUAUUCCGGUAAAAGUUAUAUACACUGUGCUCCACUUAUUCUGUACGCAAAUCAGCUGAGGAACAUGACAAGUGUAAAUAGUUAAAAUGGUCGACAGGUGUGAUGUAGGGACACACUUUUUCAACCCCUUUUAAUCAAAUGUAUUUAUAAAGCCCCUUUAACAUCAGCAGAUGUGACAAAGUCCUAUACAGAAAUCAAGACUAAAACCCCAAACAAUGCAGAGGUAGAAGCAGACGUGAAGUGAAAAUAUAUAUAAAGGGGUUGUGAACUCUGUACAAAUGAUCAGUUUUCCAUGUUUGAUACAGUUUGUAUGCUUCAGAAUCAUAUAGGGAUAUAAAUAUCUAUUUUUUAUACGUUAUUUGUUUGCUUGUUUUCUCUGUCUAAUAGAGCAAACAGUAACAUAUAUAUCUGAAUAACAUCCUGUUUUUUUUUCUCACUUGUGAUCAACUGAACAGAAUAAGGGGUUUAAGAUUUUAUAUUGACCAAAAGCAAAAUAGCAUGUGAAUGAUAUUCUCAGAAUAAUCGAUAGUUCUACACUGUAAAAAAAAAAAUCUAUAUGUUUCUUCUCCACUAUAAGAUCGAUCAUAAAAAAUGUCAAACUAUUUAGUUGCUUCAGAAUUGUUACCUUACCGUUGCUGUAUGGGGCUUGCCCUUUGACUGGCAAACCCUAUCCCUAUCACAGGAUUCUCCAACCAUGUUCCUGGCGCGCAACAAAAAAAAAAUAUAUAUAUAUAUAUACUAUAUUGACAACUAAAAUAAUGGAUUAUCUUUGUUAAAAGAUUUUCCAUGUAUUACUGUAACCCCUUUCACUUUUUGUUAAUUUCUCUAAGCCAAUUUCAUCAUUGUCAAUUUGUUUUCUCUCGCGAAUGCAAUGUUUAUGCAUACCAACAGUUAGUCAACUGUAAUGUAAACUCAAAAACAUGAUAAUUCCAUCUUCUGUUUAGACCAAUAUCGCUUCCACUGCUUUAGGGUUUAAUGUUAUUGAUAUGUAUAGAACAUGUUUAAAAUACAGAUAACGUUCAUGACUUUAGACAUCCACGUUGCAUUAAUAAAGAAACACUUUCAUAUAGUGGGUUAUUUCUUGAUCUUUUUUUCAAUGGAUCUUAUGCGUGUGUAACAUUUAAUGCAUGGAUGAGUAAGGAAGGAAAGACGGUCAAUAUACAGAACUAUAUGGACAGCGUGGAAGUCUAUCAUAAUAACACAGAACAAAGAAUGAAUGGCAAUGCUUUUAUAUUUCUGUUACAUACCAUAUAUUUAAGUAUGAAUCGUGUAUUUGAAUCAUAAUCAUGUGUACUUGAAUCAUGUAAAAUAUUGUUUAAAAAAAAUCAUAUCAGUCAUUCUGUAUAAAAUGUCAUAUAUGAUAAUAAAUGAAACUUUGU